AUGUUCAGCAUGCGAGAGAAGCCAAGGGAACGCGCAAUGCCGCUAGUGCCCCUGCCCUUUGAUAGAACCCUCAUCUCAAGACAGUCGGCGCUCUUAGGGGCGUACCGAGAAUGUCCUAUGGCCGAAGCAUGGGGCCGAUUUUGCCCCAAUAUGGACUUUCGACGAUAUCUGCUGGCUCUGAGUGAGGAGAAACGCGUCGAACAGAGCCAGAGGGCCGCCAAGCUGUUGAAACGAGCAAGUAUAAAUCAUGUUUACAAAGUUUCCGAGUUCAGCUGGGAAAUCUGCGCUUGGAGAGACGUUUUCGAUCUGAUUUUGGAUGAUGAAGGGCUGAGGAUGGAUAAACGACCAUAUGACUUCGCCGAGAAGGACGAAAAAGGACAGUUUGAGGUUAAAACCAAAAUUCCAGACGCAACAAUGGGACUAAAGUCAUACGACAACUACUACCUUAAACGGGGGUAUGUGUGCACAGAUCCCGAUUGCAACGACGAUCACAUCGCAAAGCAGCCCGACGAAAGACUUUCGGAAGAUCUUCUCUCUGCUAUGAUGCAGAAUCCCGAAUGUGGUCUAAUCGUUGAUGGCGUGUGGGGAAAGGCCGAUCUCAUCUUCCCAUUCGCAGUCUACGAAGCGAAGAAGCGAGCUACAAGCUAUGAUGAUGCUGAGGAGCAGAUAUACCACGCGUGUAGGACGUAUUUGGCCAUGCUAGAUGAUUUGGCACGCAAUCCCGAUAACGUUUCCGAGUACCAGUCAGAAGAGAGCGAUAAGUACCAGCUUUUUGCCUUUACAUCCUGCGGCUCUUAUUGGCAAGUGUUUGUCGCAUGGAAUUUCAUGAAUGAUUGUAUGGUGGAGACAGUAUGGGAAGGGGACGUCAAGUACCCCAAUUACGCCAUAGAGCUCAUAUGUAUCAUCGACCAGGUACAUGAUUAUGCCACCCAGCAGCAUCGCCCUUUUGUCAUGAAGCAUCUUGAGGCGUGGCACGAUCGACACAAGAGAACAACAAACCCUGCCGCAGCAAAUAAUAAUUCUUUCAUAGCCUCACCACUGAGCGUUCCAAGCCCGUCAAAGGAUCCUUACUCGAGCAGCGAUGAAGACAUACCUUCUAGUAGCUCUCUGGGUGUUGAUGACAUGGCAAGCCUGUUUGAUCUGAGUUCAAACAUGCCUCAGCCCGAAUGGUCACGACUCAAAGCGGAGUCGAAGAUGACCAGGAGUGAUAGGGCACGGCAAACAAGAGCUUACAAUCAGGAGCUACGAGGUUUUCGAGGUCUCUCUGCUCGGGUACCGGAACUUAAAAAGACACCAGAGAAAAAGCGACCGAGGGGCCGUCCUCCGAAGGCAGCAACUCACAAGCAGAAACCUUUGAAGAAGAGGCAGCAGGCUCAAUCAUCGAGAGCAAGAAGCGGCAGAGCGUUUUGGUUGUCAGGAAUAUGCAUAGAGGAUCUGAGGGUUGGAUGA